AUGGAAAUAUUUAGUAAUUCCCCUUCCUCCAUUGCUUUGACGAGGCCGGGCAACUGCGGCGCAACGAGUCCGCGCACUCUGCUUCAUGAUCUCGCCGUCGCCGCCGCCGCCGCCGCGUGUUUCGUGGGAGCGCGACCUCCUCGGCCUCAUCCGCGCCUGCUCCAGCUCCCCUCCUCUACUGAAGCAGAUCCACUCCCACCUCCUCCGCCGCCACCUCCUCCGCCGCCACCCUGCCUCUCCCUCGCCUCCUCCGCUCCUCCCGCCAUUCCCUCUCCCUCCGGCUCUCUCCCCCCACACCGCCUCUCUCCUUCUCCCUUCGCUCGCCGCCGCGCUCCGCGCCGCCGGCGCGACGCCCUCACGCCGCCGCCCUCCUCCGCGCCCUCGACUCGACCCCUUCGUCCGCACUCGCUCGCCACAGCCUACCUCUCCCUCCACCUCCCCGCGCUCGCCCUCCAGCUGUUCGACGAACCCCGCUCUGGCACCGCGCUCCAACCCCUCUCUGGAAACGUCUCCUCUCCGCCUCUCCCACUCGGCGACCUCCCGCCGCCGCGCCCUCUUCGCGCCAUGCCUGCCGCACCUCUGCCUCCUGAACACCUCCUCCACGCCCUGCCUCCACCACCGGCCGCGUCGCGCCGCCGCCCACCUGUUCGACGAAUGCCCGCAGAAACGUCGUUCCUGGACACACGCCGUCGCCGGAUACUCCCGGAACGGCGACAAGAGCGCGCCGUGUGCCGCGCCUUCGAGGCCAUGAUCGCCUCGGCGCGUCCGGCGAACGCGACGUUCGCCUCGCGGCCGCCUCUCGGCCUGCGCGAGGAUGGGGGCUCUCGAGAUCGGCAUCCGGAUUCACAACUACGUCAGGGUAAUAACUUCAGCGCGACGGCGCCGUCCGGGACUUGCUCUCUCGACAUGCUACGCAAGUGCGGGGCCGUGACGAUUGCGAGGAGGAGUGUCGAGCGGAAAUGUGCCCAGCGAGAUGUUCUCACCUGGACCGCGAUGAUAAUGGGGUGGGCGGUGCACGGACAUUGGCAGAAGGCUCUUCAGUGCUUCGAGGACAUGAAGUGCUCUUGCAUCGAGCCGGACGAAGGGGUCUUCUUGGCCGUAUUGAUGGCGUGCUCGCAUUCGGGCAAGGUCGAAAAGGGGCUCGAGAUUUUCGAUACCAUGACACAGGAGUACAGGAUCGAGCCAACCGUGAAGCACCACACUUGCAUGGUGGACUUGUUCGGACGGGCGGGGCGGCUCGAGGAAGCUCUUGAUUAUAUCAAAUCGAUGCCCGUCGAACCCGACUUUGUGGUAUGGGGUGCGCUCUUCACGGCCUGUCGAGCCCACAAAAAUGUAGAGAUGUCCGAGUUUGCCUCAAACAAGCUUCUCGAACUGAAGCCAAGCCAUCACGGUAGCUACAUUUUCCUGUCCAACAUGUAUGCGGGGGCUGGGAGAUGGGAGGAUGUUGAGAAGGUGAGGGUUAGUAUGAAGGACCGGGGCGUCGAGAAGGCGCCUGGGUGGAGUUGCAUAGAGUUAGAGGGAAAGGCCCACAAUUUCGUGGCGGGCGACCGAUCUCACCCUCGUAGCAAAGACAUAUAUUGCAAGCUCGAGGAGCUCGAGGUUAAGGCAAGAGAGAAGGGAUACGAGCCGAAUACGGAGUGGGUGCUUCAUAACAUCGAGGAAGAGGAUAAGGGGGAUUCUUUGGGAUGCCACAGCGAGAAGCUCGCACUUGCUCUCGGGCUUCUGAGCGCUCCGAAGGGAGAAGUCGUCAUCAGAAUAGUGAAGAACCUCAGAGUUUGCGGGGAUUGCCAUUCUCUGAUGAAGUUCGCGAGCGAAUUGUAUGGGAGGGAGAUUGUGUUGAGAGACCUCAAGCGGUUUCAUCAUUUUCAGGAUGGCCAGUGUUCUUGUGGCGAUUAUUGGUAACUACUGUUUUGGAUUGUGAGUUCAUCGCGAUAAGAAUUGCUCAAAGUGAUUCAUUGGAACCCUGCACAUUGCCACAGUAGGCAAGCUUUGAUCAUUAAAUCAGAAGCGUCAACAUAAGGACGGUCCAAAAAGAUUAGUAAAACAAACAAUCCGAUUCAACUUCAAUUUGGCUAUUCAAAUUGUAAGUUUUUAUUGCCCUCUAAUUCCAACAGAACUAAACGAAGAAGGUGGAGAUUAUCGCGUCGUCGAUCAACACAAUUACUAGCUUCCUCCAACAACUCCAAAUUUUAUUUAUCUUCCCCAAUAAACUGAAGAUGCAAAUGUGUCUAUUGUAUUGUUGUUGUAUUUUAUACUCGUGAACAUUCUUUCCUUCAAACAGGAAGGUUGAUCAAAUUUUGAGUACUCCUAAAAUAA